AACGAAAUAGUGACAUUCGAUGUCCUCCGUCUGUGUUAAUUUUUUAUGAUACCUGUCAAAAUAGCCGCACAACACUUUCGAAAAUGCCAUUAGAAUAUGACAACCCAGUUAGAAUCCAGAGAUGAAGUGUUGGACGAUGAGCCUGAACUUACUCAAUCGAGGUACAUCUUGGCAAAAUACCGCAUACAGGUGAUAGAACCAGAGCAGCCUACGGUGACAUGCGAGGAUCUACUGGACAUUUGUGACGAUAACAGUGAACAUUAUCACCCGGGUCCAAGAGCACUAGGUAUUACAGAAUUACUAUCCAUAUGACGGAAAGUUCAGGCUGACAUGGGAUACUUUCGUUCAGCUUUUAUACUGCGUAUUCCUUCCAUGUUUGUACUGUCACCAGAAGUACAUGAUGUGCCUGGACAGAUGUUAUGCUUGUUGCUCCAGACAAUUUCGCAUAGCUGAAGAAAAAUACACUUUUCAGAACUGCCUAUGUACCUGCUGCUUUCUCGAGUACGAGUAGUGUCACCUUUGUAAAUAAUGUCAUAGAGUUACUUCUAAGAUUAAGCAUAAUAAAAAUAUAUUUCGUGUUCA